GGCCACUUCCUGUACUUGUACCUGAAACAACCUGGCCCAAAGGAGGUCCAUGUUUGGUCAGAUCCCUUCGUCAAGUCAAGCGAGAAUUGUAAGCUUAUCUUCUGGCUCCACAUGCACAAUAUGUCAGAUGGGGUCUUCAAAGUGGUCAUCAACUCCAUCAACCACACUCAAUGGUACGUCGGAGAGAAGCCGGGAAACGACGACAAACGCUAAUGCCAUCGGAAUUCCAUAUGAAACUUUACGAGACGCCGUCAGGCGUUUCCGGGAAACUGGUUCUUAG